GCUUGGCGUAUGACGCUUUGUUUACGUUUGCAUCUGCCAUUUGUAGCGCUUGUUUUCGGCUUGCAUUUAGGAGAAUUGCGUGAAAUCCCGGUGUUUUGCGGCUUUAUCAAUUAAAAUGGGUUCGAAAAAGCACAAGAAACACAAAUCGGAACGCAAGGAACGUGAAAGUGGUAAAGAAAAAUCGUUCAGUCUUGAUCGACCACCAAGCCUUAAACUAAUACUGAAAGUUAGUGGCAACAGCUCUACACCCGAGCAUGGGAACGAUUCGCCAGCGUACGGUAUCCAGUCGGAUGGAGGAAGUACCCUGUUUACUAGUACCAGCGGAGACUAUCCGGAGCGACACAAAAAGUCGAAAAAGAAGAAAAAGAAAAAGGAUCGUGAAAAGAAACACAAACAUCACCACAAGGAGAAGCGCCACCGGCACCGGGGUGAUGACACCAGCCACGGUGAGGAAGAUGAGGAAGAGGAAGACUUUAACAGCUACGGUGACGAGAGUUCCCAAACCACUGUAGAUCCGGUGUCGAACGUGCACUAUCCGGCAGCCAGUUCGGUAGCGGCUGCAGCGGUGGCAGCCGUGGCCAGUUCAUCGCUGGCUGCUCAACCCGUAACGAAACCUCUGCUACCGGAAGCACUGCUGACCCCGAAACUAGAGUCAGACAUUGAACCGGAAUCCGUCCCCGAGUGCUCAGCGGAGCAUGACGGAGUGAUGUUGGGUGGUGGACUUGUGCCUAAGGAAGAGCUUACGACGGCACCAAGCUCGGUAACGACCGAUGAGCCACUGCAAAGCCCCGGCUCAAUGCAGUCGUCUUCGCGGCCGGGCAGCAAGAUUGAUUUCCACGAUACCAGCUCGAGUCAGGCACCGAAAACCCCUAACUCCGACUGUAGUGGACGGGAGCCGCGGAGUUGCGUGCUGAAACAAAAGCAAAGUCGUUCGCCACUGAACAAACUGCUUGAUCAUUUGUUAAAAGCGUUGGAGAAGCGUGAUCCACAUCAAUUCUUUGCCUGGCCCGUUACCGAUGAUAUCGCACCUGGCUAUUCAUCGAUCAUUCACAAACCGAUGGACUUUUCCACCAUACGCCAGAAGAUAGAGGACAAUGAGUACGGUUCGGUGUCGGAAUUUAGUGACGAUUUCAAAUUAAUGUGCGAGAACGCGAUCAAGUACAAUCACUCGGAGACGGUUUAUCAUAAAGCGGCAAAGAAGCUGCUUCACGUGGGUGCCCGUUUGCUGCAGACAGACAAUCUGAUGCGCUCGUUACGCCCGCUGAUGACGUACAUGCGCGAGCUGACCGCUAAAGAGCUCGGGUUCGAACUACCGAUUGGAUCCGCCGAUGGAACAGACAGCGAUUUCCAUCUACAGCACCACACAGCGGAUUCGGCCGAUGAGGCGAUGGCGGCCGCAGUCGACGAAGGCAUCAAUGCGCAGAUCGAGGAAGAGGAAAAGCGUAAACAAAUUCGGCUGGAAAACAAUCCGCACACCAAAUUCGAGGCUUUCGUAGACGACUUGACGGCGGACGAAGUGUUGGCCCAGGUGCAGAGUGUGGCACUGAACGCUCGUACCAAGCUGCUAAAGCGAAAGUCGGCCCACAAGCUAGGUUUUCUGAGGCAGCACAAAGACGGUACGACGUCGAUGAAGAUUCUGCUCGACACCAAGUCGGAGGGAGGCGAAGGAGGUCCAGAGCGGACGGUAACGCUAGGAGCGCACACGGGUAAGUUGCAGUACGGCACGGGGCAACUGCAGGGCUUCCGGGAGGAUCGUCGCAAUAGUGCAAAAAUCGUGAAACCCCUCAGCUACGGGGCGUUUAGUUCGUUUGCACCCGUCUUUGAUUCCCGGUUUGCCAAUCUCAGCAAGGAGGAAACAGAAAUGGUGCUGAAUACGUACGGUUGUGAGACGGGUGCCGAUUACGCAGAGAGCAUUUUGCGCUUUGCAAUGGACAGUCCGUUUGCGGCUGGGAUGGCGCACAAUCUGCUGGACGUUUUAACAAAUGGUGAGCAUCGGCAGACGUACGGGAAGCUGUACGAAUCGCAUAUGCAGCGUGAAGAGCGUGAUGCCGUUCGGCAUACAUUCCUCGAUCCGGCUGAGGUGGCCGAAGAGGUGAAGCGGUACGCAAACGUACGAAUCGAUUUCGACAAUUUACGGUCCUUGUCGAGCCUUGGUGUUGAUAUGCAAUUCCUGGACGAGCUCGAAUAUCAACUGAAGGGUGCCGAAAUCGGUCCACAGUUACAACAGUCGCUGAGCACCAACUCGGAUCUGUUGCAGAAGCUGCAUCAGCUGCAGACGGAUCGUUUGUCGGCCCCCCUACCGGCACAUCUGUCACACAUUCAACAUCCAUCAGAAGGAGAAUUGGAGCUGGCGGGCCAGAUUACGAGCAAUUUAACGCAGAUCGCGAAACAGCUUCCACCGGCGGCGAUCGCACAUCCUCAGUCAUUAAGAAAAGCGUUGGGAAUAAACUCAGAUAUGUUUCAAGCAUCACCAGGAGGAAACCAGUCAUCAGUACCUGCACAACCACUUCAAGCGCCACAGCAACAGCAAGCAAAUGGAAACGGGGCGUCCUCUCAGCCGCCCGGUAGCAGUAUUUCAAACGCAAACCAAGUACCAACACCGACUGUUGACAUUGACACUACGCCGAUGGAUAUGGAUCUCGAACCGGAACCCAUCUCGCACCAUCACCAUCAGCACCAUCCGCAUCCGCACCAUCUCACCCGGCAACCUUCCACUCAGCAGCAGUCGAUAAUUCAAGCGAACCCCCCCGUUGUUUCUGCCGCACCAUCGGUCGAUAUUGACAGCGAGUUGCGUGAGUUUCUGGGAGGAUCCACGCUAAACCAAGCCGGCCCCAGUACAGCGGACGGGACGGAAUCGUCCGAUGCGGCUUGUAUCGAGCAAAUGUUGAUGGAUUAAGGAUAGAUUUGUGGUGGGAUUUGUCGCGUUUGUCUAUGUGUGUUUUGUGUAUUUUGUUGUAGAAGAACUGUAUGGAAACAUUGUAUUUUUUAUAUAAAGAAACAAAUGAUAGGAUCAGGUAUAUUAAGGAGAGAUAAUGAAUAUUUUAUCAAUAUAUCAUUGCAAGUGCGAGUCGAGAGAAAACUCUCAAAACAAAAACAAAAAUCUUAUUCAAGUUAAAGACAUGGUUGAAAUUUUAACUUUCUUUAGUGUACGAUACAAUUAGAUUAAAUAAAUUGACACAACAUAACAUGGAUUUGUAUCAUUGUUAAUAUAUAA